UCACGCGGACCGUCGAGAAACACGGACGGCCGAAGUAUACUUUGGGCUUUAUUGUCAUAUAUUUUUAGUCCAAUAUACCCUGAGAUCCACACAAGAGCACAAUUUAUGGUCUUCAUAUUCUCUUACCUCAAUUAUUAUCAUUAUUAGACCCCACAGUCUCACUCGUUUCUCUUGGUUUUAGCAGGUUUAAAGUGGUCUAGCUAUCAAGUUUCCCAGUCUGACCAACUGGAAAACCCCUGGAAAUCUCUAAAGCCAGCAAGGCUGCAAGACCAGCAAGCUAUUUAGGAUGGUUUAAGCUGUUUUUUUCCCCCAGCAAAGAACAUAAAAGGGAGGGCAUUAAGGAGAGAUAGACGAGAACUCAUCCCACAACGACAACAAUUUAAGGAGACCACUAAAGAAGAGGACCUCAUAGAGAGCACAUCCACAAUGAAGAACCAAAGCAGAGGUCUGAUUGUUAUUCUGCCAAAUAACACGAAACUAAACAUGACUGUUGGGCUUAAGGACAGAGGUCAAGAUGUGUUCAACCAGCUGUAUGAGCUACUCGCCAUCUCAGAUCUUCACCUCUUUGGUCUGAGUGUUGAAAGGGACAAUCAACCGCUUUUCCUAGAUCUGGAGCAAAAAUUGUCCUUGUAUCUCCCAAAGUCCUGGAGAAAGAAUACAUCAAAGGAGGAAGUAGUUCUCUCUCUGAAAGUGCAGUACUUCGUAGAAAAUGUUCAACUAAUUCUAAACAGUGAAGCCCGCCUGCUGUAUUAUGCUGAACUGAAAGGAAGAGUUUUGAGAUCUGAGUGCUUUGAGCAAGAAGGAUUAUACUUUCAAUUGGCUGCAUACGCCCUGCAAGCUGACCUGGGAGACUAUGAAGAACGAAACUCUGCAUACUUUAGCCCACUGGGCUUUUUCCCUUUUUGGAUUAUACAGAAGCGUGGGAAUGAUUAUAUCCUGGAGCACACCCCAACCCUGCAUAGGGAGCUUAAGGCAAUGUCAUCCAGCGAGGCUGCCUUACUUUUCAUGCAGGAAGCGUAUACCUUGAGUGAUGUGCCCCUCACCAUCUACAGAUUGUUCAAAGAAAAGAAACAAGGUUGUGUCCUCGUGGGCUUGACUUCCAGAGGACUGCAGAUCUCUGAGAUGCUGAAUGGAAAACAGUUUCUAUAUGAUUUGCCAUGGUCAGAUAUUCAUUCCAUUACAUUUCAGGGCAGGAAGUUUGACAUCCGUGCUGAAGGCAUGCGUGAGAAAAAGAUGGUGUUCUAUAGUUUUUCUGUCCUUCAUGCCAUUCAGCUGCUCCAGCACAUACGCAGCAGUCACCGGCUGCAUCUGAACACAAAGCCCCUGGUCAUGCAGCUCAAGGAAAAAAACGAUAGAGGGACAUACAGAGAGAUGUAUAUCACUGAUGGAGCUGAUCUGGACAUGGAGGACAGCGAUGAUGAGCUUCCACCAAUGAAAUUCCUCUUAGACCAGAAGCGAACCACUGGCACCACUGAAUGUAGAAAUGUCAAAGAUAGUGAUGUUUCAAAGGGCCCUUGCAGCUUAGAGAUGAGUGUUGAUGAGCCAGAAGAAAUGUUUGUAGAUGACCCUGAAGACAUCCUGCGUUUAGCUGAGCUGGUGGAGGGUGUCUCUGUGGAUGGUCCUUUACUUCUGCCAAUUUCUCAUUGGAAAGAUGCUGAUUUUUUGCCUUUGGCCUUGCUGUAAUGCACUUCAGUACGAAAAGUGCAAAUUCUUUGUUGUAACAAUGAAGACUGCAGAAAAGUACUCAUGCUUCAGGAUAAUGGACGGAAAAAACUCAAUUUGUAGUUCUCGUGAAUCAACAUCUUCAUGUGAGAUUCACUACAGAAAUGGCUACAUGUGCUUGAAGUGGCCAGCAGACAUUGAACUAAACUGUGUGAGCGAUUCUCUUGAGACACUAAAUGAAAAUAAAAAGUGUGCCCGUGACCAGAAAUCUAUCAGUUGUGAUGGAGAGUACGAAUCUCAAUCCAAAGAUUCAGUGUCAACCCUCUCCAUGAGCAUUCCUUUAACUGCAGCAUGUGCUGUUAUGGCAAUAAUCCACUGGAUGGCACUAUUAGACUACUAAUAUGUUAGUAACAAUGUUUAUCUUUGCCCCAACAAAUUCAAGACCCACCUUAAAACAUAUAUUUUUGCUUUUGGUUAUAUUUUAUUUGUAAUAAUUUGUAAUUAUUUGUAAAACUUCAUGUAUACUUUAAAGGGAUAGUUCACCCAAAAAUGAAAAUAAUGUCAUUUAUUACUCAC